CGCAUCAUCAGAAGGUCUACGGGUGAUGACCCGUCCUCACUUCACAUUGCAUAAUAACGGUUCCUCUCACACUUGAGAUCUGAUUCUGCCCGUAUACAUCAAAGAAGUCAAGGUCGCAGGAGUGUCCUAGUAGCUUGAGCCUCCCACGAUGGCUCCCUCAACUCCAGCUUCUUCGGCUGCCCAACAGUCACAGCUCCCCUCAACAACCGACUUUACUACGCUCUACAACCGCAUCUCCCUGGCGACAGAAAAAGAGUCGGCCUUCCUUUCCGCCAUGCGCGCCAAGUACCCCUCUCUCCAGCGCCCCACCACUUCCACUCCCACCACCUCCACCUCCACCUCCACAGCCAACACCACCAUCUCCACUUCCGAUCCUCCAACGACGGCCAAACAAACCAGCUUCUCCUCACUCAACACCAACACAGCCAGACCAACCCAGCCAGAAACAGCAAUCGGGCCCAACCCCCGCAAUCCCUUCGGCAAAACCAAAGCCCAGCUCCAGGCAGAGUACGAAGACGCGACGUUCCGCGUCGAACCCCCCAACACCGGGCUCGGCUACCGCCCCGCCAAGACGGACGACGGAGGAGGAGGAGGAGGAGGAGACGCUACACAAGCGGACGCCACCACGCGGGAGCUCGGCAGGCGCCUUCUCGGCGGCAAACGCGCGCGAGGGGGCGGGAGGAACGCCGAGAAGGACCCUUCCUCCUUUUCGGCCCGUAGUAGGGCCGCCGCCCGGGACAAGGAGAGCGACGAAGAUGAGGGCCGCGGUGCGCUCGUCAGGCGGAAGAGGGUUCGUGCUGCUGCCGUUCCUGCCGUUCCUGCCGGAGCAGACGUCUCGGCCUCGGCUGCCGUGGUGGAGAAGGAGGCUGAGACCAGGCCGGUGUCGGGCGGGGAUGUGGAGACCCGGUCGUUGGAUAUCAACAGUUCCGGUGAUGGUGAGGGGGACGGCGGUGUUGUUCCAGAGUCGUCAUCUACACCCCAGCCGGGGACCGGCGGUGGGGAGGAAGGAAGGAAGAAGAGGAAGAAGAAAAAUAAGAAGAAGAAAAAGUCGAAGCAAGGGGAUCCGGACGGAUCAGGGAGUUGAAGAUAUAAAGAUUAGACGGACCAAACCAAAUAAAUCAAUCCACAAAGGAGGCACCCAAAUGAACAA